AUGCCCCCGAUGAAGCGAACCUUCUCCCAAACCAUGCCACCAACAGACGGAUCCGGCUCAACCCCGUCCCAGAUCAGAGCCAAAGUCAAGAAGAGCAAAAAGGCCCGCCCAACAGCCGCUUCACCCGGACCGGCGUCGAUGGGCACACCUCGGGCCUCGUCGCCUCCGUAUUCGGGCAUGAUGGACUCGCCCUGGCCGAGAGGGAGGAGUCGCAGUAGGAGUAGGAGUGCCAGUGCCAGUGCGGCUCCAGGGUUCGGGGCGAGCAAGGGCAAGGGCAAGGGUAAGGACAAGGAGGCCGCGCAGGACGAGCACGCCCCGGAUCCGGUCGAGGAUGCCGAGGAUGAGGACAAUGAGGACGAGGAAGAGCUACUGUUCUCGGACGACGAGGUCAGUGUCGUUUGAGCGCUCUACAUGGGUUGCGAGCCGAACACGAUGCGAUGGCCUGCGGUGAAAGCUGACUCGGAUUACCCCCACACGCGCCACGUAUCACCCACGCACACCCACCUGUCGAUUCCUCGUUUCUGCACAACAGUUUGGGGUGAACCAAAAGGAGAGCGCCAAACAGAAAGAAUAUUUGCGCGUCUUGUUGGAACACUUUGACGCUACUCAAAUGGAUCGAUACGAAGCGUACCGUCGAUCGGGUCUCAACAAGGCCGUCAUUCGUCGAGUCAGUUUCCGCCCGCGGAGCAUCGAAUAGGUGGCACGUGAGCUUGCUGACGCUUCAGGGUGCAUAUGCACCUACAGCUUGUCAACUCGGUGCUUCAACAAUCGGUCUCGGCUCCGAUAUUGACCGUCGUGCGUGGAUUUGCCAAGGUGUUCGUCGGAGAGGUCGUCGAAAAGGGUCAGUCCUUCACCUAUUGAGCCGUCGAGGGCGUGCUGACGUCGUUGCUGGAUUUGUGCAGCGCGAUCUGUGGCCAACCACGACGGUCCGUUGACGCCGGACGACCUCCGAGAAGGCUACCGACUGUACCAGGCCGAGCACGAGCGGGUCAUCGCCGCGCCGGGCAAAAAGAAGCUAUUUGUACGGUAG